CCAACACCAAUCGAGCCUCAAUGGGUAGUGACUGGUAGUAGUGGCUUUAUGCCGAGGCUUACCCAGGUCAAAGAGGAGCACCCGCUUUUUGAUGUGGAUUCAGAGAUUCAAAUCAAAGCCAAGAACCAAUGGCACGAAAAAGCGUCUUAAAUCGGACUUAAAAUACUCGCAUAAACUUGUGAUAAUGCACAAAACCACACAAAUACGUGCUAUUCUAAACCCAAACAAACUGCUAAUGUUUGCUCCCCGCCGGUUUUCGAAAUUAGACAUGUGACAGUCAUGAACAUGUGAUCACGUGACACCUAUCUUUUUCAACUUGCACUGCUGAUUUCGCCGGGCAUUGGACGUGUACACAAGCAUCGAUGGGUUUUACUAGCUUUUAAGACAAUGCUUUCCCAAGAUUAUCAAGCCUUUAUGGAACGGAUUUACCACUAUGAGGUCCCUACCAUCAGACAAGUGCAACACUAUGUGAAUGAAAAUGAUUUGAGCCAUCGGAUGCAAAUGGUCUCCCGGAUCGGCGAUCCUGGUUUAGCAUUCUCUCUGUAUUUUCCAAUUAUUGCUGGAAUCAACUUUCGUUCCGGAAUCCGUUUCCUUGGAGCUGCCAUUUUAUGCGAGUGGAUGAACCAAGUCUUGAAAUGGCUUCUUUUCGGAGAAAGACCGUAUUGGUGGAUUCCCGAAGCCGAAUUAUUUUCCAGUAAUCCGCGAAGCUCGUUGAUUCUGUUGGAACAAAAUCGAAUGACGUGUGAAACUGGUCCCGGAUUGCCUUCUGGUCAUGUCAUGAUUAAUUUGGUCAUUUGGUUGAUUAUGGCCGAUACGAUCAGCGGCAAAAUUCUCUCGAAACUCAACGAGACAUCGCCCAUAAGGAUAUUUGUGAACCGUUUGGUUUGGUUCGGAUUUAUAACGAUGCAUCUGAUGGUGAGUGGGUCCAGGAUCUACAACUUGAACCAUUUUCCUCAUCAAUGCAUAUCCGCUUUUGUAUGUGGGAUUGUUGUCAUUAAGCUGGCUUACCAUAGUCAAGGAUGGAUGACCACCAACUCGAGACUAACUUGUCUCAUCAAGUCAUUGUUGUUCACCAUCUCAGCCCUGGGGAUCUAUCAAGGCCUCCUCGCUCAAGGAGUCAACCCGGAUUGGGCCAUUGCCAAGGCCUUGAAGUGGUGUAAACAUCAGGAAUGGAUCCAUAUCGAUACCACGCCAUUCUACGCCAUGGUUCGUUACAGUGGAGCGGCUUUUGCUCUCGGUUGCAUUCUCCCGUCUCAAAAAGUUCAAUAUGAACUCAAGCAAUCCGAAUUGUAUUCUUUGUCGGAUCAAGGACUCAGGAUUGCCUUGGGGAUUCUUUGGGGCAUGGUUUCGACCCUGGUGCAUUCCAUGAUGCCCAGGAAGGAUUUGAAUCUUUUCUAUGCUCUGGAAUUCGUGCUGAACGCGUUUUUGAUUGUGUUCAUUGCUUACCUGGUCCCACGGAUAUCGGACAUCAUAUUCAAACGUGAUCACGCUGUGUUGGAAGACAAGAAACGCAAAUCAGCCAAAAAUAAGAAGCUCCAGUAAAUAAGAUUUGGAGCUUUGGAGAUAUUUAUGGAUUCAGAACGUUUUCCAUUGAGUCGAAUGAAUGGACUUGACAGUCCUCAUUAUGAUCGAAU